AUGUGGGGCUGCGUGCUGCUUCGCCUUCCGAACCCUUCUUUGGUGAUGAUGGUGACCCAAGCAGUAUCAUCCUCGGUGCUGGUGUAUCAGGAUUGGGCGAGUAUUCAUUUCAUCAGUCACUUCUUCCGUGGUCUUGAUGCCUUGAGUGCUGACGGCGACUCUGUCCCGCAUCGGCAUGGCUCCCAUUCUACUUGCGCGGCCCCAGCUUCCAACAUCCAGAUUGCCCGACGAUUGGGUUUGACCGAUGUCCUCUGCUAGUAAAUCACCUUUCUACUCUUGUUAUCUCUCUUUGGGAUGCUUCACUAAUCUUUGACACCUGUUAUGCGCAGUGAAAAAUCUGGAGACAUCGGCGGCACCUGGAACCACAAUCAAUACCCCGGAGCCGCUUGCGGUUAGUCGUGCCCCCGAUGGCGCUCCAAAGAUUCAACCUUGGCUAAGCUCCACCCUCGAUUUUGGGGUGUUCCCUCGUCGUGACGGGGGCUGACAAUUUUAUCUGACAUUUCAAAAAACGAACAGACAUCCCCAUGUCACUCUACUCUUUCUCGUUCGCUCAUCCCCACAAGCUCACGACGCAAUGGGCCGGACAACAGGAGAUCAUGAGGUGUUCGUCCAUCAGAUUCUCCGUCCCGCGGGAAAAGCCGCUCAAGUCUACUUUACCCCACUUCUAUACUUGCACGAGGUGCAAGAAAAGUUCCAAGUCAACAACAUCUGCUUUCACCACGAAGCGAAGCAGAUGCGCUUCUCCCGCGACACCGGUCUGUGGACGCUCGAGCUCAAGGACCUCAAGACGGGCCAGACCAAAACGCGGACUUGCAAUAUUUUGAUCUCGUGCGUCGGCGGUCUCUCGAUCCCCAACGACCCUACCUUCGACACCAAGGACUUCAACGGUGACGUCAUGCAUUCGGCACAGUGGAACCAUGACGUUUCGGUCGAGGACAAGGACGUCGUCGUGGUUGGUAAUGGCUGUUCGGCCGCGCAGAUCGUCCCCGAGAUCGCAGACAAGGUCAAGAGCUUGACGCAGAUCGCUCGAUCGAGGCAGUCCAUCCUGAGGAGACCGCCCGUGCCCGAUGGCGGGUGGAUGGUCUUCAUGCAGAACUACAUCCCGGGAGUAAGUUACUCCAGUGUCCCUCGGUGUCAACGCGACUGGAGCAGAAGUGCGCAGCGUCUGACGCGCAUGGUCGCGUUCCCGACCCUUGUGAAUUGCUUCUUACAGAUGUCGUACCUGUUCCGAUUCCUCGUCUUUUUGCUCGGGGAAUACGACUUUAAGGGCAUGGACCUCAUCCGCGGGCAAAAGCUGCGACAGUGGGUCUCCAAGGACCUCACCUCGUACAUCCGCGAGGUUGCACCUAAGAAGUAUUGGGACGUGUUGGAACCCAAUUUCGAGGUCAUGGCCAAGCGUCGUGUGUUUGAUUCAGGCUAUUAUAAGGCCUUGCAUAACCCCAAGGUCGACCUGAUCAGCGACGAUGCGUUGGAGACGGUCAAAGGCGACACGGUCACGACGAGAGGGGCGGAAGCUCAAGGCCGACGUGAUCGUUCUUUGCACGGGGUUCAAGAUUCAAGAGUGUACGUUCCCUUGCCGAUGUAAAUAUCUGCUCUGAUUUUGCUGAUACUCUGCAUCCCUGGCGCAGUCUUGUUCCCCCUCAAGAUCGCCAACGACAAGGGCGAAGAUCUUGCGACCGUUUUGGGCUCAAGCAACGCCAGUAACUACCUCGGAACACUCGUGGCUGGCUUUCCCAAUUACUUCUGGAUCAUGGGUCCCAACACGGCGUAAAUAAAUAUCCCAUGCUCCGCCAAUCCCUCGGGCCAUGCGAGGUUAGGAACCGGCUCCUGAUGCCUUCGAUUGCCUUUCCGCAGCACCGGUCAUUCGAGCGUCAUUUUCACGAGUGAAUGCCAGAUGGGUAAGCUAAUCGACCCAACAGUCCGUCAGAUGUGCUGUCUGGCCGGCACGCGCGCUGACGCCGAAUGUCGUACUACGCUCCUUCAGCAUGAUGAUCAAGCUCAUCAAGCCGAUCCUCAAGAAACUUAAGCAAAACCGAGACGCAUCCCCUGGACCGAUCGUUGAAGUGUCGAAGCAAGCACAAGAUGCGUACAUGGGCAAGUUACGAGCGGAGAUGAAGAAGAAGGUCGGUCCUGGAACCUUGCCGUGUUAUAGUUCAAGUCGAGUAGAGUGGUGAUCUGACACGCGCUCGCGCCCCGUCUUCAUUCAGGUCUGGGAGAAGGACGGCGGUGUGAGUUGGUAUGUCAACAAGAAGACUGGUCUCUGCACGACACUCUAUCCAUGGUCAGUCUCUCAAGCUGUUCAGACUCACAAGGAUAACUCCACCGGGGCAGACAGCACGAGAAUGCUAACACGCUGGCGCCUCCUGAUCGAUUUCAGGUCGCAAGUCCAUUUCUGGCGCAGCACCGCCUGGCUCAGCAUGAAGGACUUCAUCUACUCCAACUACUAA